ACACACACACACACACACACACAUUCUCAUGAGUGCGUGUGGUUACUGUACUACUUCAGCGGAAUCUACUACCUUCAUCUUUUUGAUGUUAAAGACACAAUCAUGGUUUCACUCUGCGUCUCAGUGAAUGUUUUUAUUUCAUGUUUAUUCAUCACCAUACCAGUAAAAGCGGGCCCUUUGAAAGCAAAUGUGUCUGCUGAUAAAAUUCCUGUCGUUGGACACUCUGAGGUCAGUCUGGCAACCUGCACGGUUUCCACAUCCCAGUCUCCAGCUGAGGUGUCAUGGCAUCUGGGCACUCCGUUUAAAUCAGUGAAGGAAAUAAAAAACACCGUUGAAGAUCUGGAUGAGAUGUACACAGUCACAAGCACUCUGAUUGGUACACCAACUGUACAGAUGAAUCAGCAAAAUGUCCAGUGUGUGGUGAAGCAUUCAUCCAUGCAAGAGGAACUGGGAAUCGAUCACAAGAUAGUUGUGCAUUAUCCUCCUCAGCUGGUCUAUGUGACACCACUGAAGAAACUUUCCAGUGGAGAAGUGUUUCAGUGUAAAGCAGAUGCCAAUCCUACAGCCACACAGUUCAACUGGAAAAGGAUGGACCAGACCAUCGAUAAUGAUGCCAUUAAAAUAGAGGGCAAUAAGCUGUACUUCUUGAAACUGACAUCUGAUCUCAGUGGUUUGUAUCUCUGUGAAGCCUCUAACCAGUAUGGCACAGCAACUGGCACACUCUACUGGCAGAAAGGAUACCUCCAUUCGGAGCUUUGAGCCUUUCAUCUUGAAUUCACUUUCAUCUUCUCUCAACCCUAUUUGACAGAUGUUUUAUCAGACUUCAAUUAUAUUAUGAGUGAAUGAA